AUGUCCGACCACGCACGCCACGAAGCCACAAGAGCGAGAAUGCUACUCCGACAGCGAGAGCAAAUGCUCCAAACCGAAUCACGAAAAACCGCGGAAAGCAAGAGGACCAUCCUCGAGCGUCUCAAGCCAGAAGCCGCUGGUCGAUACAUUCGGAACCUAAUCCAGCAGAAGAAGACGGCAGACACCGAGCCGGAAGCGUGCACCAUUAGCCCAGAGGAGACUACAUCCGACAGCUCCUCAGCGACGAUCACAUCGAAGCAUCUGGGACCCAGCGAUGGGUCCUCCAGCACCACCACAGUGACGAUCACAGAGGAUCUCCCGCCGAACGAGCCAAGUCUCAAACGCAAGCGGACUGACGACGAGGAAGAAGUCGACGAGGUGGCGGAGCGGGUGAAGAGGCUCAAGAUGGAGCGAAAAUCACUGUGGGAGAGCUUCGACGACUCGCAGUUCAAUAUGCACAGCGGUCUGCUCUACGAUGCCAAGUUGUGGGAGUGGUAUUGGUGA